UUAGUGUUGUAAUAUACUAAGGUGAUAUUAAAGCAGUCCAUACGAAUAAUAACAUUUUUAAUGAUUUACCUGCCAUGACCAUAAGCAAAUAUUUGGGUUUAAGGUUCUACUUUCCUUCAAUCAAGCUACUUUACUUGGUUUUACUCAUCAUUUGUGAGUCCAUUAAACCCACUAAUGCCCCAGCUAAAAUAGAAGAGAAUGUGGUGGUAGCGAAGCCAGUCAACGAGCAGUACCCACACGCCUUGCUGUUCGGAGGCACCUGCGGCGGCACCAUCAUCAGCCCCACAUGGGUCCUCACAGCUGGACACUGCACGCUGUUCUCAGGCGGACGGUACGUACUGGCCGGUACCAACAACACUGACGACGGCAGCGGCGUCACGCGCCAUGUAAAGCGCCUCAUCAUCCACCCACUCUUUACCGUGGGACCCUACUGGCUCGACGCUACAGAAUUUAACAUAAAACAGGUGGCCGCCCGGUGGGACUUCCUGUUGGCAGAGUUAAGUGAGCCCCUGCCUCUGGACGGCAAGACUAUGGUUGCCGCUAAAUUGGAUGACCAACCAUCCCUCCCCGAGGGUCUCAACGUUGGGUACGCGGGCUACGGCACGGACCACUUUGGUGGCUACAUGCGUAGUGAUAUGCACAAAAUGGAAAUGGCGGUACAGCCUGAAGAAGUAUGCAAGUCAGCAUUACCUGAAUAUCGAUCGAAAGAUAUGGUGUGCGUGAAAGGACGCCCGCCGCGGUUUGAUUCUGCUUGCAGUGGCGACAGCGGCAGCGGUCUGGUUGACGAGACUGGUCGCCUGGUCGGUAUUGCAUCUUGGGUACAGAAUGAUGCUCGGUCAUGCUCCAACGGCGCCCUAGUCAUAUUUUCAAGGGUCUCCAGCGCACGCGAAUGGAUCAGACAAGUUACCAAUAUCUAAUGUUACUUUACCAAACAUUUUAUACGUACAUAGAAUUUGUUGUUUAUAGAAUUAGAUCAAUGUUAACAUGUUGACUAGUCAAGUAAUUCUUCCAAAGAAUUUGUUAGGUAGGUAACAUGUGAUAUCCGCAAAUAUUAAAUUUGUAUUUAAAUUACACGUAUUUAAUAUUACCAUGACAAAUUGUUAGGGUAGACUAUUUGUUACUUAGCAUUUUAUGGAAAAUAUAAUUAAGUACAAAGAUACAAUUGAUUAAGCUCCCUUGGUUGUGAUUAAACAGUUAUUUUGAAAGGAAAUUAUACUAUUUAGCAUAAUUGUUGGCAAUGUACCUAUUUUUUUCCAUAGUUUAAAUAAAAAACGUUUAUAUAAUAAUAAUAAUAGGUGAAU